AUGAGGAGAGCUCUGUCCAGGAUUUGCAGAGAAAGGUCUCAACAGAGACAGUCUCAACUCCGUCCUGUCGAGAGGUCUCCCUAUGAAGGAUCUUAUCCUCCAUUACGAAGACUCGUAGGAGGAUAUCGGCCAGAUGCUCAUUCCUCUUCUAUAGACACAUAUGACUGUCUUCCCCCUGAGUUAAUAGACUCUACUAUCAAGACCCAUACCAUUCUACCAUUUGGGGACUUCAACUCAAAUCCCCAAAUUUAUGAUAGUAUCCCAACCUGCUCUCUGUCCACACCUCCAUCCGUUCCUGACCUCCCAGGUCCUCAAGACCAGCCUUCAGUCCUCCUGGACUUAGCUGUCACUGAAGGGAUCAGAGCUCAAGCUGAGCUGUCUUCAGUCUGGUCUGAAGCUGAGUCAGGGCGUGACGUUGAUGCUUUGGAGGAGCUGGAUGCAGCUGUUACAGCCGAGAGCUGCUCAGUCACAAACACCCUGCCGACCCAUCCUCAGAUCCAAACCUGCUCCUCAGGUCCUGCUCGGACUGAAGGAGUCUCUGGAUCUCUGGCUCAUUCUCACAGCUCCCCCUCACUGAGUCACGUGACCUCUGCAGAGAACAGAACCUUAACCCGAGCAUGUAGCUUACCUAAGCUGCUGUUAAAAAGCAGCUGUGAGCAGUUUACACCUGAUAUCACUGCUGAUGAAGACCAGGAAACCUACAGGUUCCUGUGCUCCUGCUCGGGCCUGUACCAGUGCAGCGUGACAGGUCUGGUGUUCCACAUGGAGCGAGAAGGGGAGGUGGUCUACAGGACGGUUCCCUGGGACAGGAGGCUGCUUUCCCAUCAUCACAAGCGGCCUGCAGGACCGCUGUUUGACAUCAAAUGUGAGCAGCAGAGUGUGUGUCAGCUCCACCUCCCACACUGUGAGAUCCGGUCCACAGGUGGAGCUCAGUUCUUGAGGGUGGCUCAUGUGGAUGAAGAGGGCAUGGAGUUUAUCGACCCUCAUAAGAUCACAGAAACUCACGUGGUCAUAAACAUCUCAGGCUUCUCUGCUUACGGUAACGUCAAAGAUGGAGACUCACCACCUGACCCGGUCCGAGCGCUGGUUCUGCUGUUCUACAGGCCCCCGGCUGAUCCGGAUCCCUCCUCCCUCCUCAAUGUGUUGUUAUUACCGAGGAACGUGGCGUUCAGGGACGUGCUGCGCUACAGGAAGAAGUUAGAUGGAGACGAGCGCUACAUAGAGACGUCCCCACACUGUAAACUGCGGCCACAGCAGGACUACAGUCUGUCCACCUGUCCUGAAGACGACUCGGUCCUGGUGGAACCAACAACAGCAGAGUUUGACGCUGACAACUAUGACAACUACUUCCCAUCGUUCCAGGUGACUUUAGAAACCCCCCUGAAGCACCUGAAGCUGGUUUUGAGAGACAGCUCCCACAGUGUCUGGGAGAGACGGGUUUGUCUCUCAUCCUCUGGAGUCCAAAGGUCCUGGGGACAGAGUGCUCAGAAUCUGAAACCAGACCAGAGUCUGUUUGAUAUACGGAUCAGCUUCCUCGAUGGGGUAUCAGAGCCCGUCCUCAAAACUCUGCUGGACAAACUGUUUGAGAAAAAGGUGAUGAGUGACUCUGAGCGGGAGUCAGUGGACGAGAUGAGAAACAGAAGAGACAAAGCUUGUGUUGUUAUCGACACGGUGAGGAGGAAAGGUGAAGCUGCCAGUUCAGAGAUGAUCCAGGCUCUCUGUGAGCUCGACCCCUUCUUCUCUGAACACCUGGGACUGAUGUGACGCUCAGUGAACUGCUGCUGUGUGCAGCACGUGUUUGCCUGGUGGUCACAAACAUGCUUAUCCUGGGACAGUUUUCAAAGCUCUAUAUGUGUUCCCAUCUUU